CAGUCCCGAGGUACCUUUGUACCUCAUCAGUAAGUGAACUAUCAGGACUUUUUCCUUUUAUCGAUGAAUCACCUGCCGUUGUUGGUUCUUUGUGCCUUCCUCGUGGCCAAAGAAGGCCUGUGUGAGAAAGGAGCCUUCGAACAGAUUCUGGAAGUAAAUCUUGGAAUUAAAAAUAACCCAGAGAGUCAAGGACAGCGCCAAUCGGACUCACAGCAUCUUUACGAAGGAGACAUAAAGCUUUCAGAGGAGCAGCGACUCAACAACGCUUUGUAUGGAAACCCAGACGGAUCUCCAGGACGCGCUGCAACUAAUGUAGAUAAGAUAAAGUGGCCCAAUGGCGUUAUUCCUUAUGAGUUUGAUUGUAGUGUGGCUAACAUGGAUCGAGCGGUACGAACCACAAUGGAAGCUAUUGCCGAAUGGGAGAGCAAAACAUGCCUAAGAUUCGUUAAGAGGACGACUGAGACAGAGUUUCUUUGGUUCCACCGUGGAAAUGGUUGUUGGUGUGAGGUUGGAAAAGUGUCUGGUCGAGAAACUUGGCUAUCCAUUGGAAGCGGCUGUGAAUACAAGCACGUGAUGACCCACGAGCUUGGACACGCUAUAGGUUUUUGGCACGAGCAGAGCAGACCUGAUAGGGACAACUACUUGAAGAUUAACUGGGAAAACAUUCUAGACAGUAUGGCGUACAACUUCAAGAAGAAGGUUCAAGGAACGGAGGUAAUCGACUAUGGAGUCCCAUAUGAUUACUCGUCUAUAAUGCAUUACCCGUGGACUGCUUUUUCCAAAAAUGGAAAAAUGACUCUGGAGCCUAUCAGGCCACUGAACGGAAAGAUGCCGUAUAUAAAACUCAGUGACGAUGACGCAUUACAAGCGCGCAGGAUGUACAAUUGUCCCAGUCGAGCUAAGAGAAACGCACUAGCAAAUGCCGCUCCAGAAAGGUGCGUAGACAGAGCUCCAAAAGUCGAUUGCGAGGGCUGGAAGCAAGCCGGCUUCUGCACACAACAUUCCUCCAUGAUUUACCAUUGCAAAAAAACUUGUGAAUUUUGCUCAUCUAAUAGUUGUAUUGACUUGAAAUCCGAGUGCAAAAAAUGGGCUUCUGACGGAAAGUGUUCAUCUGACAAAGCUUACAUGGACAAGAAUUGUCCCCACACUUGUAACACUUGCAAAAAGUGCACUGACCCAUCGCCACAGAUUUGUAUCGACAGAGCUUCAUCAGCGGAUUGUGCCAGCUGGAAGAAGUCUGGAUUCUGUUCCCAACAUUCGGCAUUGAUCUAUCACUGCAAAAAGACUUGUGAUUUCUGCUCAUCUGAUAACUGCGUCGAUCUGAAAUAUGACUGUAAGACCCGUGCAGAUAAUGAUGAAUGCAGUUCUGAUCCAGUCAAGAUGGAAAUGGAAUGUCCUCACACUUGUGGCUACUGUAACGAGUGUACAAAGCCAAAACCGACUAAUCCACCCAAACCACCAAACCCGACUAAUCCACCAAUCACAGGGAUACCAACCGUUCCACCAACUUUGCCGAACAGGACAGGAUCGGGCUUGAUGUGUGUUGAUAAACGUAAAAGCUGUCCAUCGUGGGCCGCCAGUGGUGACUGCAAAACCAAUGGAUGGACUGAAAGCACCUGUCGCAUUAGCUGCAAAACAAGAUGCGACACUUACCCAAUCAAGCCAAAAGGUUCUUGCUCGGAAGGUCUCGGUCUAGGAUGGCCAGGAAACUACAAACUUCCAGACAAUGCUUUUAGUGCUUCAACAGAGUACAGGCCAGGCGAUUGGAGAGCUACGGCAGACAAUGCUCGUCUUUACUUUGAGGAUGACCAAGACAACAAAAGGAUCGGAGCUUGGUGCGCUGAGGAUCGCGAUAACCAGUGGCUACAGAUUGAUCUUGGUCAAACCAAGACAGUAAGGGGAAUAGCCACACAAGGGCGCGAUGUUUUCCACGAGCACGUCAAAGAAUACAAGCUGGCUUUCAGUAAUGACGGAUCGAGCUUCCAGACUUACCAGGAAAAUGGAAAGGAAAAGGUUUUUACGGGAAACUGUGAUCAUUUCACACCUGUGGUGAAUACAUUCAAUCCUGUUAAGACCCGAUAUGUCAAGAUCAUCGUUGUCGACGCGAGUUAUCCCUGCAUGAGGGUGGAGUUAUAUGGGUGCGAUGCCUAGAGAGGUCUUCAAGUAAUGAGACUAAGGAACCGUCCUUUCCACAGAACAAAGUUUGCAGGUGCUUGAAUAGAGAUUGAAUAAAAUGAAAAAAUUACAAUA